CCAGGUGAUGCACCUGUCUCAGGGAAAGGAGUAACACAGGUGUGCUGUAACUUGGUCAACUGCCAGAGCUAGAUUAUGAGCUCAUUUGAUCCACAGAUACACUCACCACCACGCUGCAGCCCACAAUUUCCAAACAUCGGCCAGGAACCUCCUGAAAUGAACAUCUACUAUGAAAAUUUCUUUCAUCCUCAGAACGUUCCCAGCCCACAAAGGCCUACAAGCUUUGAGACGGGAGAGUACAAUGCCACACCAAACCCUUACUUAUGGUUGAAUGGACCUUCCAUUAAUGCUCCACCUUACCUCCCGGGAUCCAAUGGAGCUCCAUACAUCCCACCAUCAUAUGGAAUGCAAAGGCAGCUCUUGCCAAACAUGCACGGCUUGACCGGGAAUGAAAUGGGCUGGCUCCCUAUGCCUUCUCAAGAGGAGCUGAUGAAGCUGGUCAGGCCGCCUUAUUCCUAUUCUGCCCUCAUUGCCAUGGCCAUCCAUGGAGCACCAGACAAGAGGCUGACGCUCAGUCAAAUCUACCAGUAUGUUGCUGACAACUUUCCCUUCUACAACAAAAGCAAAGCUGGCUGGCAGAACUCCAUACGUCACAAUUUGUCUCUCAACGAUUGCUUCAAGAAGGUGCCUCGUGAUGAAGAUGACCCAGGGAAAGGCAAUUACUGGACUCUGGAUCCAAAUUGUGAGAAGAUGUUUGACAACGGAAACUUUCGGCGGAAGAGGAAGAAGAAGUCAGACUGCACUGCCAGCACAGGGCCUCUCGCUUCUGAUAAAUCGGAGGACAGCGCCUUAGGCGGUAGCCCGAAAGCGGCAGAACACCCAGACAGGUUAGAGGCCACCUCGUCCGGAACUGACAGCUCACCGGAGAAGAGAUCUCCACCGCCGUCCUCCUCCACCACUCCUUGCUUCAACAAUUUCCUGUCCAGUAUGACAGCUUACAUGAAUGGCUCCAAUUCAGUCAACCGCUCAGUGCCUUUGGGACUUAGCACUGACGCUGGUGACAAAAUGGGACAGAAUAUGGUAGGCUUCAAUUCAUACUCCCCCCUUUCCAACAUCCCUAACCACAGUAGCGGAGAAUGGCCCAACGCCAUGCCCUCUAGUCAUCUUGGCUAUACUGGUUCAGUCCUCAACCAGUUCAAUACCAGUUUCUACAACAGCCUUGCUUCAAACAAUACUCUGUACGCAAGAGAGGGCACUGAAGUGUAAGUAAAGGGAGAUCUUGGAACAAGCAGAGGAAGUGUAAGGUUAGAGAGAGAGAGAGAGAGAGAGAGAGAGAGAGAAUGCUUUGGAGAAAGGUGCUUCAUGUUAGUUCCAUACGGCCUAUCCAUCAGUUUUUGUUAAGCAAACCAAAUGUUCUUUGUCAGUAUAUCUUUCCAAGCGGCUUCAAACUGCACCAAGUAGUUGUAACUUCCAGAAGACAUCUGCUUGUUUUAGGCUUUGUUUUGGGGUGGACAAUAGCAAUUGUGAAGCACAGUUCAGUCUUUCAAGUCUAUAGUUUAUUUUAUUGGUCUAAACGUUACUUUUUUUUCAAUAGCAACAAUGUAAGUGAAACAUUUGCUCAUUUUUGAAAACCUGAGCCUUAACAGAUUUACCCCUUUCCCGUUCAAAAUGCAACACCGUAAAGUAUAAACAAGGGGAAGCUUUUUCUUUCAAGGACUACACUACUGAGCUGUAUGCACAUCUGACCAUAAGGGGCAAAAGAAGAGCAAAAAAAGAGGGCCCAGUCUGUUUUUCUGUUCCUGAUAAGCAACUUUCUGAGGGGAGGGGGCUAAUCACUUUUGCCGUUGGUCUGAAUGGAACCUUUUCAGGUGUCUCUUGAAAUGAGGCUGGGAGGUACACCCUCCUGGCCCAACGUUCAUACACAAUCCUAUCUAUGUUUACUCAGAAGUAAGUAACACUUAUAUCAAUGAGGGCUGCUCUCCAGUGGGAAUGUAUAGGAUUGUAGCCUGAAACACUAACUCUGCAACGUAACCAAGGGAACCAGGACGUAUUACAACUAAACACUGUUUAUUGAUAUUUUUAUUUUAUUCUGUGUGUUUUGGUUAAGAUUAUGGAGGGAGUCAUGCA